CAUUAAUUGAGGAGGACGGUCGCUCCGAUUAACUGGUCAAUCUCCUCUAUAUCAGCCGGCCUUGGGAUCAUUGGGAUAUCGAACGCGUACUCGAUAUUUAUCUAAAGUAUUGUUUGAUUUCUGGCGACCUUUGUCAUGCAAAAGACUGUUCUCCCCCUUGGCUUACUCGAUUUUAGCCUUGCUCAUGUCCGACCAGCAAAUUGGGGAUGUCGUUCACGGAAUUUACACCAGGCGGUAGCCCUCGCACCAUCUCCUUCGCCGUCUUUUGAGCCUGCUGAGGAUAAAAGUGUUUUUUCAAGGCGGCGCAGACGCGGGAAAACACCAGGCAAUUUAACGAUCAGGGCCUCUGAAGAAUCAAUAUCUUCCCCUAUGUUCAAGCUCCCCAAAAAUUUCACAUCCCCAAUGUCCGAGCUCGAAAGGAGAGUUCUUGCGUUCCAAACCAUACAAGUGCCGUUGGAUGCCACGGACUCCCAGUCGUUGGAAACUCCGGGGUCAGAGGCAGCACCUUUCCCUCGUUAUACGGAUGAGGAGCUGUUCUCAAUGUACGAAGACUUAUUGGACACAACACUUGCCCAACAACCCGUAGAGGUUACGGAGUCCUCUGUGGAAAACAGAGAUACACCGGCUAUGAUUGAAGUCAGACAACGGGUCCGCAUUUGUGUGCGAGAAGAAGACUUGAGUGGCGCAGAAAGUGCAAUACGGCUUGCGAAGGAUUCCGGUAUCAUACCACCCGAAGACAGUAUCAAUAUGGUGCUUGGAUAUCACGCGUUGCAUGGAAAUAUAGAGCGAUUUGAAGGCUUUAUGGCAAAUAUUUUAUCCGAAAAACCUUCCGAGACUCAACGAGAUCUGCAUAUUAAGUCAUACCUGCGAGACCCAAUUGUCUUUGCAUCGCGCACAUUUCCCACUCGCGGAAUCGACCUUCUACAUAAGUAUGAGGCUUCUGGGCUCCAUCCCCCCAUGAAGUCUUAUACACGUAUUAUUUCCUCCCUAUUCUCCGUCCGCCCCUCUCCUUCAUCUCCUUCAAUAUUAUCAACACCGGACGUACCAUUAGGAAGACUGGCUGCACAUUCACAAGCUUGGGACCUUUUCGCGCACAUGCGCUACGUUGCGCACCCUACCCCAGAUGCCCAUCUCUACGCACUGAUGAUCCGUGCUUGCGGUUCAGCUCCUUUAUCUCCUGAACCCGAGCGCGCUCUAGACUUGUGGACUGAGAUGCUCGAAGCGGGAAUUGUGCCUACCAAAGGGGCAUACGACGCAGUGAUACGUGCAUGUGCGAAGGCCGGAGGAGAAUGGGUUUCGGAGGCAAUCAGGUUUGCGCGGCAAAUGCGCAACCGCUUUGGAGGUAGUUCUUCUGAAGUUGGUGGUGGGGACCUUCAAGGGAUUGGUGGGCCGCGUACUUGGACGGCUCUGCUGGACGGCUGUAAGCGUGUGGGUGAUCUAGGGCGUGCUAGAUGGAUUUUGGCAGAAGCUGUAAGAGCUGAGGGUCUAAAUGAGGAGAUGAUGCAGCACAUGUUCCACACUUAUGCCGCGUAUAGACCUCCGUUCAAGAGGGGUGCAACCAGAAUCGUGGACGACGGGGCAGUUGUAGCACCAACUGCCCUCCAAGACCAAGAGGAACCGCUAGCAAGCGCUACUGAAGGCUCAUCAGACUCGCCUUCAGUAUCUGCGGAUGCUUCUUUCGACUCUGAUGCACUCCCGACCGAUUUGUCGCAUAUGGAUACCAUGCCUUCAUUUUCACAUCUCCCGCCCCAAUCACCAGGCGAGGUUCUCGCAGAGGCCAGGGCUCUCUUCGAUAGAAUUCUUCAAGAUACCAACAUCACCUCUCAUUCAUCAUCUAGUGCGCCUGUCGGCUCCCUCGCUGGCAAAUUCAAUGUCACACUGACGCCACGCCUCCUCAAUGCGUACCUUUCCGUAUACUACUCGCAUGCUAGUAUCGAAAAUUCGUGUGACGUAUUUGACAGACUGUUUUCUUCUUAUGGCGUCGGCCUUGUGGGUGACUCACGCACUUAUGUCGAUGCCCUCGAGAGGUGUGCACUUUCAAGGCCGCGCGAACGUGACUUUGCAGGCAAAUGGGUGGAUGAGCUAUGGACGCGCUGGGAAGAGCUUGAGCGCGGGUGGGUUAAUGGGGACAAAAAGUCGACAGUGACUGCCAGGCUAGUAGAGAGAGCACAUACUGCUGUCAGAAGAGUUUAUCUCCUGAAUGGUAAUGUUGACCGUGCAAUUGCACUAGUCCGCACGUUCAUGUCGCGGUAUCCUCCGACCGCGCUGCUGCCUCCAACCCGCAAUCCAUCGUUUGCUCAGAUAGAUGUUCCCAGUCAAGAUAUCACGAGCAAACGUAAAAUUACUCUCUUUGCAAAACCACCCAUCCUCUCGACACGUACGGUUCUCAGUAAUCCAUCUUCUACGCCUCGUCCCCUCGUCCGCCUCACAUCAGCCAUUGGUCCACCUGAUGAGCGUGUCCCACCUUUGCUGAGUUUCGCGGAUGUGGAGCUGCUGCACACCCGUUUAGUGGAGCAGGGUAGGGGAAGAGAAGUAGGGUUUCUCAAGUGGGCGUGUAAGGCGUACGAGGGAGCGCUGAGAACACGUAGGGAAGCUGUCCUUGGAGCGCGGGUCCCCGUGGGAGAUGAUGUCCAGUGA